CUGAGAGUGGCUGAGAAAGAUACAAGGCAGUAGAGAAGCAAAAUGGUGAGAGCCCCAUCAGUUGACAAAAAUGGAAUGAAGAAAGGGGCAUGGAGUGAAGAAGAAGACAACAAGCUGAGAGCCUAUGUUCUGAGAUAUGGCCAUUGGAACUGGCGGCAGCUGCCUAAAUUUGCCGGUCUAUCUAGGUGUGGCAAAAGUUGCAGACUGAGAUGGAUGAAUUACCUGAAGCCUGGUGUUAGAAGAGGCAAGUAUACCAUCGAAGAGGAGGGUCUAAUAAUCAAAUUACAUGAACAAUAUGGGAACAGAUGGUCAACCAUUGCAGCAAAAUUACCGGCAAGAACGGAUAAUGAUAUAAAAAAUCACUGGCACACUCACCUCAAAAAGCGCUACAAAGAAAGUCCAAUUUGUGAAGGAUCCCAGCAUAUAGAUGAUGCAGAUCAAAAUGAGCAAUCUUCUGCAAUGUUUACAUCUGGUUCCAGUACUGAUCAAAAGACAGAAGUGGAUCCAACAACUUCUGCUGCUGAUUCUCUUGAUGCUUAUACGGAUAUCUCUUCCCUAAGCUGUGAUUCCACACUUUUUGAUGGUGCAGACUGGGCUGCAGAUGAUAGCAACAGUUCAGUGGAAUCAUUGACUGAACCCCUUGAGAGUUUUUGGACUGAACCCUUUGCCUUGGAUACAUCGUUUAACAACUGGUUACCAUCUAUGGAGGAGGAAUUCAUGCACCCUUUCUCCUCUUUUCUUGAUGAUAGUUUUGAUUGGUUCCACGAAUUCAAUCAAUAAAAGCGGGAUAAUUAGAUAUCUGAAGGAUUACCAAUGUGUAACUACUCCAUAGAUAGAUCACAGUGGCCUUAAGAUCAAGGACAUUGAAGAAAAAUAGCUUACUGUACAUUACUAUAAAGAUUAGAUCCUUAUCUUUGGCAAAAUUGCAAAA